UUCUCUCCAGCAUCACCGGCGGAGAGGAGGAGGAGGAGGAAGAGGAGGACGUAGCGGCUGUGUAAGGUGGAAGCGGAGGACCUCUAUGGAUAUCAUCAUCGCCCUCCACCGGCUCUCCACCGACUGCAGCUCCCGGCCGGCGUCUCCCGCUGCUGCGGCCGCAUUGUCCCCGCGCCGCACGCUCCGUGCGUUUGUCCCGAUGAAGCGUUUCCUGCGGUAGAGGGGAAGACGGAGCCUCCCCCCAGCAUUCAUCCCCGCUCCGCUUAUCGAUCCAAACCCGAGCAAGCAGCAGUCCGAGGGCGAAUCUAACGGGCGUCGUGCGCGAUGGCUAAUGCCUCUCCGGACCUGGACAAUGCAGAAGCCCAGCGCCAGCUCAACAACAACAACCGACCAAUCGGCUCCGGGUUCUGGGAGACCGAGUGCACCAGCGCCAAACUGUUCGAGUGCUCCCGCAUCAAGGCUCUGGCAGAUGAGAGAGAUGCAGUGCAGAAGAAAACCUUCACAAAGUGGGUCAACUCCCACCUGGCCAGAGUGUCCUGUCGCAUAUCUGACCUCUACAACGACCUUCGGGAUGGCUACAUGCUCACCAGACUGCUGGAGGUUCUCAGUGGGGAGCUGCUGCCGAGACCAACGAGGGGUCGUAUGCGGAUCCACAGCCUGGAAAACGUGGACAAAGCUCUGCAGUUCCUGAAGGAGCAGAGAGUUCAUUUGGAAAACGUCGGUUCCCACGACAUUGUGGAUGGAAACCAUCGCCUCACGCUCGGCCUCAUCUGGACCAUCAUUCUUCGCUUUCAGAUCCAGGUGAUCAAAAUAAACACAGCGGACAACAGAGAGACCCGCUCCGCCAAGGACGCGCUGCUGCUGUGGUGCCAGAUGAAGACCGCAGGGUACCCAGAGGUAAACAUUCAGAACUUCACCACCUGCUGGAGAGACGGCCUGGCCUUCAACGCCCUCAUACACAGACACAGACCGGACCUGAUAGAGUUCCACAAGCUGACGCGAUCCAACGCGACGCACAACCUGCAGCAAGCCUUCAACGUCGCCGAGCACCACCUGGGUCUCACCAAACUCCUGGACCCCGAGGAUGUGAACACGGAGAAUCCAGAUGAAAAGUCCAUCAUUACGUACGUGGUCUCCUACUACCACUACUUCUCCAAGAUGAAGGCUCUUAUUGUGGAGGGGAAGAGGGUUGGCAAGGUGUUGGACAACUGCAUCGAGACGGAAACGAUCAUCAACCGCUACGACGCUCUGGCGUCGGACCUGCUGGAGUGGAUCGAGAAAACCAUCGCCAUCAUCAGCAACCAGAAAUUCGCCAACUCACUGACUGGAGUCCAGCAGCAGCUGCAGGCUUUCACAACCUACUGCACUAUAGAGAAGCCCAUCAAGUUUCAGGAGAAAGGAAACCUUGAGGUCCUUCUGUUCACCAUCCAAAGCAAACUCAGAGCCAAUAACCAGAAACCCUACGUGCCUCAAGACGGGAAGCUCAUCUCAGACAUCAACAAGGCCUGGGAGCGCCUGGAGAAGGCGGAGCAUGAGAGGGGCGUGGCUCUGCGUAAGGAGCUGAUUCGUCAGGAGAAGCUGGAGCUGCUCGCUCAACGCUUCGAUCACAAGACGACCAUGAGGCAAGCGUGGCUCAACGAGAACCAGAGACUUGUGUCGCAGGAUAACUUCGGCUACGAUCUGCCGGCCGUGGAGGCGGCGAUGAAGAAGCACGAGGCCAUCGAAGCGGACAUCGCCUCGUACGAGGAGCGCAUCGGUGUGGUGAUGGAGCUCUCCUCGGAGAUGGAGAAGGAGGGAUACUACGACAUCCGGCGCAUCCUGGCCUGCAAAGAGAACAUCCUGGGCCAGUGGAGCCUGCUGAAGGAGCUGGUGGCCGGCAGGCGGACCCGGCUGGAGAAGAACCUGGCUCUGCAGAAAACCUUCCAGGACAUGGUCUACAUGAUCGACUGGAUGGAGGACACACAGGCUCUGCUGCUGUCGAAGGACUUCGGGAAGCAUCUGCUGGAAGUGGACGACCUGCUGCAGAAGCACAGCCUGCAGGAAGCUGACAUUUCCAUUCAGGCCGAGAGAGUCGAGACGCUCAACGCUGCGGCGCUCAAAUUCACCACCAUAGAGGGCUACCAGCCGUGCGACCCGCAGGUGAUCUGUAACCGUGUGAACCACGUCUCUUCCUGCCUGGAGGAACUGAAACAGCUAGCGGCUAAACGCCGCGCGGAGCUGGAGGAGUCGAGGCAGUUGUGGGCAUUUUUCCAGGAGCUGGAGGAGUCGGAGGCCUGGAUCCGGGAGAAAAGCUCCAUCCUGGCGUCUCAGGGCUUCGGGAAGGACCUGAGCAGCGUCCUGAGGCUGCUACAGAAACACAAGACUCUGGCCGGGGAGCUGCUGGCGCACCGCUCGCUGCUGCAGAACACCAUAAAGCGGGGGAAGCAGAUUCUGAGCGAAAAGAGCUUCGGCACGGCGGGGAUCCAGGAACGCAUCAUGGAGGUGAAAGACGAGUGGAAGAAGCUGGAGGACCAGGCGGCGCAGCAUCUCGGCCACCUGCAGGAGGCGCUCAACUUCUUCCAGUUCUCCACGGAGACGGACGACGUGGCGGCGUGGCUGCAGGACGCCUACCGCCUGGUCUCCAGCGAGGACUUCGGCCAUGACGAAUACUCCACUCAGUCGCUGCUGAAGAAGCACAAGGGCGUGACGGAGGCCAUCGAUAAACACAGGCUACAUGUAGUUGCUCUGCGCAAACACAUGGUGGUGCUGUCUCUGCAAUACAGAGACCAGGAGGAGGUUCAGGUGCGUUUAGGUGAGGUGGAGCAGCUGUACACGGAGGUCGCAGAGGUGGCCGUACUCAGACAGCAGUGGCUCUACGACGCGCUCGCCGUGUACCGCAUGUUCAGCGAGGUGAACGCCUGCGAGCUCUGGAUCGACGAGAAGGAGCAGUGGCUGGAGAAGAUGGAGAUCCCGGAGAAGCUGGAGGACGUGGAAGUGGUGGCGCACAGGUUUGAAAGCCUGGACCAGGAGAUGAACAGCCUGAUGGGUCGGAUCCUGGACGUCAAUCAGAUCGUUCAGCAGCUGCUGGACGGAGGUCAUCCGUCUUCAGCCGAGGUCAGAGGUUGUCAGGAUCACCUCAACUCCAGGUGGAACACCAUCGUUGAGCUGGUGGAGCAGAAGAAGGAUCAGCUCGACUCGAUGCUUCGCCUGCAGAAUUACCUGCUGGAGUGCGCCGAGAUCAAGUCCCAGAUCCAGGACAAGAGGAAAGCCAUCGACGCCACACAGUACAUGGGCAGCGACCUGGGAGGCGUCCUCGCUCUGCAGCGACGCCUCUCCACCAUGGAGGGGGCGCUGUCUGUCCUGGAGCCCAAACUGCUGCAUCUACAGGUACAGGAAGUCCGCAGAGGAAUCCUAACAAUUCAAAUAAAACCGUUUCUGAUCGUAGCUUUUCCCUUCGUGCUGAUGCAGGAGGAAGCAGAGUUUCUGGCCGCUGCUCAUCCCAGCCGAACAAUGGAGAUCCUGUUGCCGUUCGAUGGCAUCAGCGUCGAGUGGGAGGAGCUUAAAAGGACGCUGCAGGGAUGUGAGGACUCGCUGAUGGUGGCCAGCAGGCUGCAGAGCUUCAUACAGGACCUGGACUCCUUCCUUACCUGGCUGGUCCAGACCCAAACGGCCGCUGCCUCGGACCAACUGCCCAACGAUCUGGAGGAGGCGGAGAAACUCAUCAACAAGCACGCCGCUCUCAAAGAGGAGAUCGGACGGUAUGAGGAAGACUACGAGCGUCUGCAGGCCAUGAACGAGCUGCUGGAGUCGGAGGACGCCCCCCUGCCGCAGGCCGCCCUGCAGCAGUGGCUGCAGAAGCUCGACGUGGGCUGGAACAAGCUCCUGGAGAUGUGGGAGAGCCGGAGGGAGGUUCUGGUCCAAGCUCACAUCUUUCACCUGUUCCUGCGAGACGUCAAACAAGCAGAGUCCUUCCUGAACAACCAAGAAUCGGCUCUGGCCCACGUGGAGCUCCCCACCACGGUGGAAACGGUCGAAGGCGCCAUCAAGAAGCACAAGGACUUCACCACCACCAUGGAGCUGAACCUGCACAGGAUCAAAGCUGUGAUCGAGGCGGGAGAAAGCCUGAUCAGCCAGAACAACAUCUACUCCGAGCGAAUCCGGGAGCGCAUCGACACGCUCGCCAAGAGGGGAAACCAGAACAGGGAACUGGCCCAGCAAUGGCUGGAAAAACUGAACGACCAGUGGGAACUUCAGAGAUUUCUCCAAGACUGUCAUGAGCUGGGGGACUGGGUGUACGAAAAGAUGCUGAUGGCGAGGGACAGCAGCCGAGACGAGACCCAGAAGCUGCACAAGAAGUGGCAGAAGCACCAGGCUUUCAUGGCCGAGCUGGCCCAGAACAAGGAAUGGCUGGAUAAAAUCGAAAAGGAAGGGCAGCAGCUGAUAAAGGAAAAGCCGGAGCUGAGCCCGGUGGUCCGGAAGAAGCUGGAGGAGAUCCGGGAGUGCUGGCUGGACCUGGAGAGCACCACCCAGGCCAAAGCUCGCCAGCUGUUUGAGGCCAACAAGGCGGACCUGCUGGUUCAGAGCUACGAAAGCCUGGACCAGCGGCUGGGGCAGCUGGAGGGGCAGCUGGUCUACGUGGACCAGGGUCAGGACCUCACCACCGUCAACAAGCAGCUCAAGAAACUACAGGCCAUGGAGACCCAGAUGGAGGAGUGGUAUAAGGAGGCGGGGCAGCUCCAGGUCCAGACGGCCUCCAUCCCGCAGCAGACGCAGAUCCAGGGCACGGUGGUGGAGCGGCAGGCCGCCGUGGAGACCAGGAUGGCCCGACUCAUCGAGCCGUUGAAGGAGAGGCGGCGCCUCCUUCUGGCGUCUAAGGAGGUCCAUCAAGUUGGGCGAGACCUGGAGGACGAGAUUUUGUGGGUCCAGGAGCGCCUCCCUCUGGCCAUGAGCCAGGAGCACGGCUCAUCGCUGCAAGCCGUCCAGCAGCUCAUGAAGAAGAACCAGACGCUCCAGAGGGAGCUGGAGGGCCACCGGAGCAGGAUGGAAGACGUCCUGGAGAGGGCAGGCAUCAUCGCCACCAUCAGGAGCCCAGAGGCCGACUGCGUCAGGGCGGGCCACGACCAGCUGGCCCAGCUGUGGGCCCUGCUCUGGGCCGAGACAGAGCGCAGGCAGCUGGUUCUGGAUGCCAUGUACCAAGCCCAGCAGUACUACUUCGACACGGCCGAGGUCGAGGCCUGGCUGAGUGAGCAGGAGCUGCACAUGAUGAACGAGGAGAAGGGAAAGGACGAGCCGAGCACGCUGCAGCUGCUGAAGAAACAUUUGCUGCUGGAGCAAACCAUCGAGGAUUAUGCUGAGACCAUCGGUCUGCUGUCACAGCAAUGUCGCCAGCUGCUGGAGAUGGGGCAUCCAGACAGCGAACAGAUCAGCAAGCGUCAGUCGCAGAUCGACCGUCUGUACGUGUCUCUGAAGGACCUGGUGGAGGAGAGGAAGAGCCGCCUGGAGCAGCAGUACUGGCUGUACCAGCUCAACAGGGAGGUGGACGAGCUGGAGCAGUGGAUCGCCCAGAGGGAGGUGGUGGCCAGCUCGCCUGAACUGGGCCAGGACUUUGAGCACGUCUCCGUCCUCCAGGAAAAGUUCACAGAGUUUGCGUCGGAGACAGGAAGUGUGGGACAGGAGCGUGUGACGGCCGUCAAUCAGAUGGUGGACGAGCUGAUUGACUAUGGCCACUCUGAGGCCGCCACCAUCGCCGAGUGGAAGGACGGGGUCAACGAGGCCUGGGCCGACCUGCUGGAGCUCAUGGAGACCCGAGCGCAGAUGCUCGCUGCUUCUCACCAGCUGCACAAGUUCUUCUCCGACUGCAAAGAGAUCUUGGCCCAGAUUGAGGAUAAGCACCGGCGGCUCCCAGAGGUCCGGGCUCGGCAGGGCAGCACGUCCAACACCAGCACGCUGCAGAGGCUCCUGCAGAGCUUCGAACAGGACAUCCAGCUGCUGGUCACUCAGGUGCGUCAGCUGCAGGAGAGCGCGGCCCAGCUGAGGACGGUGUACGCGGGCGAGAAGGCCGAAGCCAUCGCUUGCCGUGAGCACGAAGUGAUGCAGUGCUGGAAGGAGCUGCUGACGUCCUGCGAAGAGUGCCGGCUGCAGAUCACCACGGAAACGGACAAGCUGAGGUUCUUCAGCAUGGUCCGGGAUCAGAUCAUGUGGAUGGAGUCCAUCAUCUGUCAGAUCGGCACCGGGGAGAAACCCAGGGACGUGUCGUCGGUGGAGGUGUUGAUGAACUACCACCAGAGCCUGAAGAGCGAAGUGGAGGCCCGCAGCCAGAGCACGCUGGAGUGCAUCGAAAUGGGAAAAAUGCUGCUGGCUGCUAGAAACCCUGCAGCUGAGGAGAUCAAGGAGAAGCUGGAAAAGGUGAUUGCGAAGCAGCGUGAGCUUUCAGAGAAGUGGGACAAACACUGGGAGUUCCUCCAGCAGCUGUUGGAGGUUCACCAGUUCGCCCAGGAGGCAAUGGUGGCGGAGGCCUGGCUGACGGCCCAGGAACCGCUGAUCAGCAGCAAGGAGCUGGGCGGCAGCGUGGACGAGGUGGAGCAGCUCAUUCGCCGACACGAAGCCUUCCGGAAAGCCGCCGCCACCUGGGAGGAGAGAUUCAGCUCGCUGCGGCGUCUCACUACGGUGGAAAAGCUGAGAGCGGAGCAGAGCAAGCUGCCGCCGACGCCGCUGCUGGGCCGGAAAGUCUUCCUGGACCCUCAGGACGCGGCGCCGGGCCCGGCCGCGCUGCCCCGCCUCCCCGUCUCCCCCGUCAUGAGGCAGACCAUCUACGAGCAGAACGAAGCCAGCACGCCGCCGUCGCCCUCGCCCGCCACGCCCACGCCAUCGCCGUCGGCGGCCGCCCGCCGGCUCGCCUCCGCCGUCAUCAACGGCUCCGGCUACCGGCACGGCGGCGUGGUGGCCGUGCAGCCGGCUGCCUCGUCCAUCGCCUCUGUUGCCACGGCGGCCAUGUUGGUGUCAGCCAAUCAGAUGCGGGAAAGCGCGAGCUCGGCGAGGGAGCAGGCGACGAAAGCCAUGAGCUACCUGCAGCCGGAGGCGAAGACGUCGCCGUAUCUACGGCAACCGAAGAUCAAACACCUGGACGACGCGGUGACGCCGCUGAUCGUGGCGAGCCGCCUGGAGCGAGUGAGAGAGCGAGGGAGGGAGAGAGAGGAGCGGGCGGAGGUGGCGGUGAUGGCGGAGGUGGUGCUCCAGGAGCCGGGCCGGGAGCGGCUGCACAGCGAGCCCACCAGGGGGCCCCGUGGGUCCAGAACCGACUCACUGGACCGCGCCGAGCCGCAGGUCCAGGCGUAUCAGCGGCAGCUGUCCAGCGAGCAGCUGAUCCAGGCGCGGCGCGACGAGCUGCCGCAGGAAGUCUGGAGGGAGCAGGCGGGGCGGCGCGACAAGCGGACGCUGGAGCGGCAGACGUCCAGCGAACAGGAAGGACACGAAGGCCGGCGGAGAGAGAGAGAGCGCCACCGAGUGGAGAGGCAGGAGUCCAGCGACAACGACGUGGGGAGGGAGCAGUCCGACCGGCGCUCCACCGCAGGAGAGAAGCGAACAACCAUGGCAGAAAUUGUAGAGCAGCUUCAAGAAAGAGAAGCAGCACAGGCGCGUGGCGAGGUUCCCCGCCUGCCCAACGGUCUGCCAGAGAAGUCUUCCCGUCCGGACCGGCCCAGAGCCCGGGACCGACCCAAACCCAGACGGCGGCCGCGCCCCAAAGAGCCGGGAGAGACGACGCGGCGUUCCCGAUCGGCUCCGGCCCAGAGCAGCCAGGCGGCGCCGCAGCCGCCCACCCACACGGCGCACCACGAGGGCUUCCUGUUCCGCAAGCUGGACAUCGAGAGCAUGAAGAAGAGCACCAACAGCAGGUCAUGGGUCAACCUGUACUGCGUGCUGAACAAAGGGGAGCUGGGCUUCUACAAGGACGCCAAGAACACGGCGACGCCCUACAACAACGAGCCGCUGCUCAGCCUGUCCCACUGCCACUGCGACGUCACCAAUGGAUACAAGAAGAAGAAGAACGUCUUCACGCUCAAAACGAAGGAUGGCAGUGAAUUUCUGUUUCAUGCAAAAGACGAGGAGGACCUCAAGGCGUGGGUGAACAACAUCACCGCCAGCAUUUCAGAGCACGAGGAGAUCGCCAAAUGGGGCCAGCCCCAACCAACUACCUCAUCCACCGACGAAGGGACACGGCGAGACGGCAGCAAGGUGGACAACCGGUCCGACCGCGGCGGCGAGCGCUCCGACCGUGGAGACCGGAUAGAGCGCGCGGACAAAGAGAAGGAACGGGAGAAGGAGAAAGAGAAGGAAAAGGAGAGGGAGAGAGGGGAACGCUCAGAGAAGUCGGAUCGGGCAGGAAAGUCGGACGGAAAACGCUCGGAGAAGAAGAAGAAAUGAGCGUGGCGACAGACGUUUUGGGAUUGAAACCUACGAACUCUGGAUGGACAGGAGGCGGGGCCACAGACCGAUGGUGGAGGCCCCUCUUCUUCGCUCCAGCAGCUGGGCUUGGUUGGAGAGCAACAGACUGACCUGGCUCACCCACAGGACGGAUUUGAUCUUUCUCUGUCGCCUCCUGGUGGCCGUUUCAGAGAACUGCAAAUGUAUGAGGUUUUUUAAACAAAAAAAAGUAGGAGAAACACGAGCAUCACUUUAAUUCAAAGGCUGUUACUGAUUGCUGGUAGCGCGGUAAAACGUAGCUCAUACU